AGAGCGGCGCUGGGGGCUGUUCUUCCUCCGCUCGCAACCCCGGAGCGAGGAGGGAGGUUCCGCUUUGGCGGAAACCUGGAAAUAACAAACGUGCUGUGGAACUAGAGGGUAUUUCUGUGGCUUUUAAAUACCCGGGAAGGCUCAGAGGAGAGGGAAGGGCUGGACGGAGGUGUUUUACCUGUGAUACAGCACUUUGAAGUGAUGCUGAUGAGUCUCUUUCAGUUUGCCACCAGAAGGUUGGUUUCCCAAGCAUACUGUGGACUUAAGCCUCCUUCUUCAAAGAAACAGCGGUUUUGCUUGGAAAUGGCUCGUCCUAGUUCAAAUAUGGCCGAUUUUCGAGAAGUGUUUGCCAAAGCAAAGCAUAUAGCCGUUAUUACAGGAGCUGGUGUUAGUGCUGAGAGCGGAGUUCCUACCUUCAGAGGGGCUGGAGGUUUCUGGAGAAAGUGGCAAGCACAGGAACUGGCUACCCCAGAGGCUUUUGCCAGAAACCCUUCUCGCGUAUGGGAAUUUUAUCAUUACCGCCGGGAAGUGAUGUUGAAUAAACAUCCAAAUCCUGCACAUAUUGCCAUUGCAGAGUGUGAAAGACGACUGAGCAAACAAGGAAGGAGCGUUGUGGUCAUUACACAGAACAUUGAUGAACUACACAGAAAGGCAGGCACGAGGCACCUCUUAGAAAUUCACGGUAGCUUAUUUAAAACCCGGUGCACCAACUGUGGAAAUGUGACUGCAGAUUACAAGAGUCCCAUAUGUCCGGCAUUGGCUGGAAAAGGGGCUCCAGAUCCUGAAAUAGAAGAUGUUGAGAUUCCAGUUGAAGAGCUUCCUCGGUGCGAGGAAGAUGGCUGCAAUGGCCUUCUUCGCCCCCACGUCGUGUGGUUUGGUGAAACCCUGGAUGCUGACGUUCUCACAGAGGUUGAGAAAGAACUUGACAUAUGCGACCUCUGCUUGGUAGUUGGAACCUCCUCUGUGGUGUAUCCUGCCGCUAUGUUUGCCCCCCAGGUAUCUGCCAGAGGAGUGCCUGUUGCAGAAUUUAAUAUGGAAGCCACUCCUGCUACAAAUAGAUUCAGGUUUCACUUCCCGGGCCCCUGUGGUACCACGCUGCCGCCGGCGCUGGCCCGCCACGAGACGGAGCUCAUCUCCUGAGCGCGGCGGAGGCCGGGAGCGGCGCAAGGCGGCACGGCAGCACCGCGGCGGCCGCAGCCCGGCGGGCACCAACUCCCACGCGGCACCGGGCGCUCGGGGACAAGCCGGGCGGUGGUGCCGCUCCCCACGAGCGGCGGCGGGGGGUGGGGGGCACCGUGGCGGGGGGAGGGGGUGGAAGGGCCGCGGUCCUGUCGGACUGACCCCCUCCUGUGGUCGGCAUAGCAAUAAACGCGCAGCGGCGGCGGCGGAGAGUCCGGGCCCGUCGCUGCCAGGGGCGCAGACGGCACGUA